AUGAUGGGCCUCCCCUGGCAGUGGCGCGUCCCGCGACGGGGUCAGAGCGCACGUGUGUUUGUGACCGCCCUGGAUCCCCCCCGCGGGGCCCCAGACGGCGGCGGCCCCGCGUCGACGCUGCUCCGCGCCGCCUGCCCCAGGGCCGCGCGCCGCUCGCCCUCCCUUGUGGACAGCUGGAUGGCCGGCGGCGGCGGCGCCGCCGCGCCGGCGGGCGCGUUCUUUGAUCGCGAUGCGGGCGGCGGCCUGCGCGCGUGCCUGAGGGAGCAUGCUGAGAGCGCGCUCCUCCUGCCCGGCUGCGAGGACGCCGUCUACAAGGCACUCCUGGACUCCGAAUCUGGCGGCACGCUGGCUGUGUUCAAGUUCAAUGCGUGGGAAUUCGAGGCGCUGCUUGACCGCUUCGAAGACCACCUGGUUAUGGACAAGGGCGGCGCCACCCAGUACGCGGUGGGCGGGGGGUAG